CGCACUGCCCGUAUCGGGCUCGGUCCACACCCCGUUUCCCCUCACCGCUCUGCGGGCCCAUUCUGGCUCGCGCCGAAGGUCUGUUCUCGCGGCCUCGCUUCGGGACGCUCCAGCCCCAGCUGCUUCCUUGGCCGACCGGGAAAAUAUUAAACCUGCCGGGAGGGGAGGGGCGGCGGCGGCCAAUGGGGCCGGGCCUCAGAGUUUCGGGCGAUACUGGGCGGCGCGGCCGGAGCAGAGAGCCGGGGGUGAGGCGGGGUAAUGAGUGCCGGCCCGACCCCUGCCCGGUCCCGGCCCCCUCAGGAGCAGCCGGGGGUCGCCCUUCUCUAAGAGGUCUCGACUUCGCUGUCCGGCUGGCUAGGGGGAUGUGGCAGGUCAAAGGAAAAAAACCGCCGCGAUCUUAGAACAAAAACCCAGGUGGACAUCUGGGGUUGGUUUGCGUAAGACUGCAAGUUCGGCCACUUGGAAAUUGUGAGGGGCAGUGACAAAAAUGCUGAGCUUCUUCCGUAGAACACUUGGGCGUCGGUCAAUGCGUAAACAUGCCGAAAAGGAACGACUCCGAGAAGCUCAACGAGCUGCCACACACAUUCCUGCAGCUGGAGACUCUAAGUCCGUCAUCACAUGUCGGGUGUCUCUUCUGGAUGGUACUGAUGUUAGUGUGGACUUGCCGAAAAAAGCCAAAGGACAAGAGCUCUUUGAUCAGAUAAUGUACCAUUUGGACCUUAUUGAAAGUGACUAUUUUGGACUGAGAUUUAUGGAUUCUGCGCAAGUAGCACAUUGGCUAGAUGGUACCAAGAGCAUCAAAAAGCAAGUAAAAAUUGGUUCGCCCUAUUGUCUGCAUCUUCGAGUUAAAUUUUAUUCCUCAGAACCAAAUAAUCUUCGUGAAGAGCUAACACGGUAUUUAUUUGUUCUUCAGUUAAAACAAGAUAUUCUCAGUGGAAAAUUAGAGUGUCCCUUUGAUACAGCAGUUCAGCUGGCAGCUUAUAAUCUGCAAGCUGAACUUGGUGACUAUGAUCUUGCUGAACAUAGUCCUGAACUUGUAUCUGAGUUCCGGUUUGUGCCCAUUCAGACUGAAGAGAUGGAGCUGGCUAUUUUUGAGAAAUGGAAGGAAUACAGAGGUCAAACACCAGCACAAGCUGAAACCAAUUACCUGAAUAAAGCCAAGUGGUUAGAAAUGUAUGGGGUUGAUAUGCAUGUGGUCAAGGCUAGAGAUGGGAAUGACUAUAGCUUGGGACUAACUCCAACAGGAGUCCUUGUUUUUGAAGGAGAGACCAAAAUUGGCUUAUUUUUUUGGCCCAAGAUAACCAGAUUGGAUUUUAAGAAGAAUAAAUUAACCCUUGUGGUUGUAGAAGAUGAUGAUCAGGGCAAAGAGCAGGAGCAUACGUUUGUCUUUAGAUUGGAUCAUCCAAAAGCAUGCAAGCAUUUAUGGAAAUGUGCUGUGGAACAUCAUGCGUUCUUUCGUCUCCGAGGCCCGGUCCAAAAGAGUUCUCAUCGAUCAGGAUUUAUUCGACUAGGAUCACGAUUUAGAUAUAGUGGGAAAACUGAAUAUCAGACCACAAAAACCAAUAAACCAAGAAGAUCAGCAUCCUUUGAAAGAAGACCCAGCAAACGAUAUUCUAGAAGAACUCUACAAAUGAAGGGAAGUACUGCAAAACCUGAAGAACUCAGUGUUCACAAUAAUGUUUCAACCCAAAGUAAUGGCUCCCAACAGGCUUGGGAUGUGAAAUCUACUCUGCCUGUGAUUCCUUCUGUUCCCUCUGGUCCUGUGCUGGCAGAGAUAGAGAAUCUUCCAAGGAAUCCUGGAAUAGACCAGCAUGACAGGAAAUGCUUGCCUCUGAAUAUUGAUUUGCUAGAUAGUCCAGAAUUACUGGAAACAACCAUUGAUGAUAUAGUUGGGGCACCUGACACUCUGGAAAUACCCCAAGCGCCAGAUGAAGUUAACAUAGUCACCAGGCAAACUGGAUUGGAAGGAGCUAAAGAGGAAUGCAGGACAUUAAAAGAGGAUUCACAGAAGCUCAAACACCUUGAAGUGGAAAGCAGUCCAUUGCCAACUUCUCGUCCCAACGUUGAUGUCAACAUCAACAACCAGGAGGAGGUGGUGAAGUUGACUGAGAAAUGUCUUAAUAAUGCCAUUGAGAGCCCAGGAUUGAAUGCCAGAAGAGUUCCUCCUGACUUGAAGAGUAAUAUUUUGAAGGCUCAGGUAGAAGCAGUGCAUAAGGUUACAAGAGAAGAUAGCUUAUUAAGUCAUAAAAACACCAGUGUUCAGGAUGCUUCCACAAACAGUGCUGUAUUAAAUGAGAAUAAUGUGCCCUUCCCUGAAGAUUCUCUUGCUCUGAUGCAUACCACACCUGCAGCAAAUGGUUCUGUUCUUAAGGAUGCCACAGAUGAAUUGGAUGCCUUGCUUUUAUCUCUAACUGAGAAUCUAAUGGACCACACAGUCCCCCCUCAGGUAUCUUCAACAUCCAUGAUCACACCACGGUGGAUUGUACCACAGAGUGGUGUUCUUUCCAGUGGACUGGCAGGAAGUGGACCACCCUUGGCAGGGAAGGAGGGACAUGGUAACAGAGAAGUGGUCUCGCUGAUUUCUCCCCCAGCACCAUUCUUGGUGGAUGCUGUGACCAGCUCUCUUCCAACAUUAGCGGAAGAAACAGUCUUGAAGCAAAAGUGUUUACUGACAACUGAGCUCUGAGGGACUGGCUCCUUCUCACCUGUAACUGGAAUAUUCAGCGCUCUGCAGCUGUCCGUCCUUGAAUCCAUUUCUGUUGGAAUGUUCAGAUUCUGGAGCUUGUCCUUAGUUGUGAGUAAAAAAGCUCACCCAAAUUUGACUUCAACUCAAUGAAAAACAUUUUCCGUCCAGCUGGAAGGGUUUAAUUACACUACAUAUUUGCCCGAAUGAGGGCAUCUGGUCUUUACUUUCUAUAAUUGUAUUUAAGUUGUAUAUUCUGAAACAAGGCAAUUAUUUUUCCCUGUUGUUUCUUCGAACUCUUGGCUCCAUCUAGUGGUUAUAAUUGUUCAUAACCCCUCCAUAACCUGGCUGUCUCUGGUAGUCAGUAAUAGCCUUUUGAAUGUUAUUUCUCUCUCUAGUAUCAGGAUGAGUAUCCUUGAUCUGAAUGCCUGUUAGCGAAGUUCCCCUUAUCCAUGCAGUACUGGAAAUCAGGAGUUUAGGAAAUUAAUGAGGACACCUUGUAGGUAGUUUGAGGCCUCAGUGUUUAUAAUUACUACAGUACUAAGAGAAGUUAGAGUACAGAAGGUUUUCAGGUGUCUCCUAUACUUUUGGCUUCUUACUGGCUAUCUUAGUACUCCUAAGUUUACGUUAAGGUAAGCUAAACCUUGAGAAGAAUACAGAGAAAUCAGUUGUGCAUAUUUUGCAUCCUGGUUUGUUGGUUUUUUUGUUUUGUUUUGUUUUAAGCCUUGCUUCCCCACAGGAAGCCCUCACAUGCACCACACACAUACUCUCUAACUUUUCAGCUGGAUGGAGACAACAGUCACUUCUCCACACUGGCACUGAUUUGGAUAUAGACUUCAUUUCCUUUUAAUAUAAGCUGAAUCAGUUUAGAAUUUAUAAACUAAACUAAGCUAAACUAAACCAAAAUACCAAGACAGAAAUAGGCAAUUGGGAGUUGAGGGGGUUUUGUUUCUUGAACACCUAUUCUGAAACUGUACUUAGCAUACUGUAAGAACGGGUAUCUCACCUUACAUUAGGAAUUUUGUGUUAAUUUUAAAAGGUCUCUAAUUCCUAAUCACUUCGGGUAUAAAAAAAAAAAACUGUAUGUAUGUAAAAGUAGCACAUUUGCAUAUAGAAAAUGAAGAAGAGUAUAAAAAUAACCUCCUGCAAUCCUGACUUCCAGAAGAACACUUGUUUUAGCUUUAAAAAUUCAGAAUGCAGGAGGUAAUCUGCAGUUGCUGUUGGAAAUCAGGAUGAGGUAGAAACCAUAUUGGUAUCAUUGUUGUUAAUCCCUGUGAUCAAGGAUUGGUGUCAAACCAUACCACCUCGAAUUUGAUGUUUAGUUUUAUGCCCUGUAUUAUGUAUAUAACUGGGUGUUAAUUUAUGUUGCUCAGCACAAAGAGAACAUCCAGUUGUGUGAUAUUUAAAACUCCAUGGUUUGGACUGUCCUGUGUUCCCUGUAGCAUAGUCAUGUGCUAGGCAAACACACAUUAGUGUCUGGAAAGCUCAGGAAUUUUAAUCUUGUGCUGUUUCCCAGGGAGCUGUAGAGUUUGGAAACCACUUUUGCACAGAGCAACUUUGCUGAAGGAAAGAAAAUUGGCACUUCUUGCUGGCUGCUUCCCCUUAGCCAUUGUGCCGAGCUUGUGAAUUUCAUUGGUGGAACUCUUGCCAAUUCUUAAUUGUAAAACAAAUUUUCUCACAGCUGUAAGUGACACGCAGAACCAAGGACUUGACCAGGGGCCUGACCCAAAACAUGCGGGACUGGACAUCCAAAUUUUCAGGGUGCUGACAAUUCUAGAUGUACUGGAAGGUUGAAGUUGUGCAUCUAACCACAGAGCAGCUAAGGUAUUACUAGCUUGGAAGGCCUAAACUUCCCGUCCUGUUUAGGAGGCAGCACCAUCCUUAUUUUAAACUUUUUACAAUUUAAGAAUAAGUUGCUGAAUAUAUUCUAUAAUCUUUGUGUCUUUGGGUACCUAUAUUCUUGCCAGUUGGCAUAUUGAAAAGGACUUCCUUAAAAUUUACUUUAAUCUCAGGCUAAAAGGAGGAAAUUUUGUCUUUUGUCCUGACACAAACUGGUGAACAUGGAAAUUAAUAUUUUAAUGAUGAAUUAGCCCUCGCAGUUUAGAUACCGGUCAUGUAUAACUUCCCUGUCAUGACUGCUGCUGGUGCCUUCCCCAGAGCUGCUGUCACACUGAUCUUGUUCUUGCUCAUCUGAGAGUGGAGGGGAGAGAAUGGCAAGGCUCAGGAUAUCUGGUGAAUGUGUCUGAGAGGGAUGGGAAAAGUCUGUCCCUGUGAUGAGAGAGAAGUUGAUAUAUGUGCGUCAGUAAAGAAUGUGAGCAGAGUGAGAUUUGAGAUAAUAGUGCAUAAGGCGGCAGGUCGGUUACAUCAAAGUGGGAGGAGGGACAGCUCUGGUGGCAUGACCAGCUGUUGACCUUCAGGGCAUAGUCCUCCCCUACAAAGAUUAAAACCCACCUGCACAUCCGAGAAUCAUCUGAUUAACUAAAGUUCUGAUCCUCAGAUGAGAUGAAAGAACCUUACUGGCUGUUGAAAACGACAGCUAGUUGGACAGGAAGUUUUUCUCUAGAGUGAGGUUCCCAUGCACCUUAGUAAGUGUAGCUAAAAAGAAAUAUUGGCAACAUUUAAUUGAGUCAGAAGUAAUGAGAACUCGUUUGAAAAGAGAACAAGAACAAUAGUUGAUUUGAGGGCUCCAGCUAGAAAGCUGUUCGCAUUCUUCCGUUUGAAGGUAGUUUGGAGGUGAUUUAUAGCUGAGAUAACUGAGCCAGAUUGGCAACAAAUAACAGAAGGCUUUUAGCCACAGGCUCAGCUGCUCUGUGGUUACUUUCUUCCCAGAUUUUCCAGUACCAGAUUUGACUGUGGUAACUCAUUAGGAUCAGUGAUGAUGGAACUUGUGACUGGGAGCAGAUUCGAGGCUGGUGCUGAGAGAGUGGCAGGGCUUCUUUUGUUGUCUUGCCAGGCCUCGUGGGUCUGUGGGGCUUGCAAGGACUAGGUUGGUGCUGCUGCCCGUGUGUCACGGCUCCCCGUGUGCUCUGCCCCAGGAACACUUAGUACAGUGCCACGUGGUCAGCAUCUGCUACAGGCCUUGGGGGCGCGGAAAGGAGAGGAACCUCAAAUCAGGCCGUUUGAUAGCCUGGGUAGGGGAAGGAACAAUUGGCAUGAUGGUUUAAAAUAAGAGUGGUAGGUUUCAGCUUUCUGCCCUUGACUCUUCUUUUAAACUUGUGAAAUGAUAAAUGAGAUCCUGCUUCUUAACUGUUGUUGGUAGUAUCACCUUCGUAUACUCUGGAGGGGCUCAUUGUUCUUCCAUGCCUGCCCUUUGAGAAACACUGCUGAACAAAGCAAUCACUGGGUUCCUUUGGUCUUGAUAAAUUUAGACAUACCAUUAACAGCUUUCCUAAAAAGUUUAUAUUGUUUUAAGAAAAAUUCUGUUUAAAAAUAUUUCUUACAGCCUACUGUUUAUCUUCACCUUUAUCUGUUUUUGCACAAUCACAGAUGCUCUGUGGGCAGUUAAGGGUGAAAGCUCUUGGGUGGUUGCUUGCAUCUUGACUGCUUGUUCUCUUAUGCUUCCCAAUUCUGGCUAAAACCAGCACCCCUGUCUUCUCUUGCAAAAGGUCCAGAAUGAAAGCUCAGGGGUCACUUCAGAGACUCUGUUAGAGCAGAAUUAUUUGGCAUCACUUACAUUGAGAAAAAUCUUCCAUUUUUUUUCUGUAAGUAAGGGUCUUGAGAAGCAAAGCUCUUGUCUUCUCACUUAGAGCAGGGAUGAGCAAAGGUUUUCUGUGAAGAGUAGAGACAGUUAGUACUUCAUGGCUCAGCUGCACUGCCGAAGCACACAAGUGGACAGACAAUAGUAUGCGCAUGGGCUGGCUGUGCUCCACUCGGUGCAGUUACAAAGACAGGUGCCAACUCCCAAGUCCACACUUGGUGGUGUGGCACCGUGGCUCCCUGGGAGGCAGAGGAGUACUCACAUAGGUUCUGCAACAGCAGCUGUCACGUGGAGGCACCUGACAUUUCUAGACGUUGCCAUCCUCAUUUGCACACGGACAAGGUACAGUCCUGGGUCUCCCAGCUCUGAGAGUCUUUGGGAGGCCUCACCAAUUUCUAAUCAGUCUUGCCCUCAGCCUUUCAGUUGCUUCGAAGCCUGGAAUCUUCUGCAGACCGAAGAAUGUAUAUUUCUUUAUUAUUUGUCCCUGUUUCCUCUCAAAAAUGUAAACACUCUGGGUUUUCGAUGAUCAGAAGAAAGUUGGAAUCUUUUCCUAUCUGUCAGCCUUCAGUGAGAUGAAGAAGUUUGUUUGGAUUAUAGAAAUUUGUCCUGAGCCAAACUCUGUCUGCUGUGUUAGCAUAUUGGUAGAGCUGUAAUUAUUUCCAGUUCUAAGGUAGGAUACGUGAGUCUCUUCAUCAUGCUGCUUGAGACAAUGAUUCAGUCACUUCCCAGAAUUUCUUUUUAUCAGGGAGGUGUUUUAGUACAGACCCCUUGCUCUUCUUAUUUUUGUGAGUGUAUUUUCUUUUCUGGAUAUGAUAGUUGAAAGGACCUCACUAACUAUUUUGUUUACUUUUUAUAUGUGUGACACUUUGCAGUAGCUUUUAAAGUGUAAUUUAUUUUUAUAUCAAGUGCACUAUUCUUCAUUGUGUUCCACAGUUUUAUAUGACUUAUAUUAGAAGCACUGCACUGAACUGACUAUCUAUAUACUGACAUGAGAACUGUAGAUGCAACCACAAAUAAAGCUUUUGUGAAACAUUUA